GCUGGCCCUCGCGCGCCUUGCGCCGCCCUCGGCCCGCUUGCUGCCCCUGCUAUGGCGGCAGGGGCUCCCUCGGCUGUUCCUGCCCGCAGCCCCCCUCGGUGGCUCGGAGGCCCUGCUGACGGCUCCGUGUACCUCCUCCUGCCCGUCCCUGCUGGAAGAGCCCUGGUGCUAACACCAGAGAGCAAGAACAAAGUGGAAAACCCACAGGAAGGUGGUGCACAGCCACGUCCCAUUUCCUCAAGUAGCUCCAGCGGGAGUGGAAAUAAGGCGCUACAGAAAGGAGGCUCUGCGAAAGACCAGCUGACUUUUUGUAAAGGGGACUUGAAGGACCCUAUGUGGGCCUUGUGUGGCAAAACAAAAUCCUACAAAUGCCCCGACUGCGGGAAAAAUUACCGCAGGAGCACAGACCUCUUGAGGCACCAGAGGACCCACACGGGAGAAAGGCCUUAUCUGUGCCUGGACUGUGGGAAGAGCUUCAGUCGGAGUUCAAUCCUCCUGGAGCACCAGAGAAUCCAUACAGGUGAGAAGCCAUACAAAUGCAGCCACUGUGGGCAAGGAUUUAGCCAGAGCUCCAACUGUAAGCAGCAUGAGAGAACUCAUGGGAAGGAGAAAAGGAGCGACCCAAUACACUGGGGAUCACCUUGGCAAAGGACAGAGGUUCAGAGGCGUGGGCCUAAAAGCCUGAAAAGAAUUGAUGAAGGUGCGAGAGCUGAGCUUGGACUUGGAUCUCAGUCUCCAGGGGGAAGUUCCUCAUGGAGCUCAAAGAUGGUGAUGAAGUAUCAGAAAGGCCAUAGGAUGGAGAAGCCCUACAGGUGCCCUGAGUGCGGGAAAUGCUUUGCACGCAGCACGGAUUUCAUCCGGCACCACAUUACCCACACAGGAGAAAAGCCCUAUACGUGUGUGAAAUGUGGCAAGAGUUUUACGCGCAGCUCGGUCCUCAUUGAGCACCAGCGAAUCCACACGGGAGAGAGGCCCUACAAGUGUCGGCUGUGCGGAAAGGGCUUCAGUCAGAACUCUAACCGUAACCAGCACGAGACAAUCCAUCAGGCUAAGAAAUCUCCUGACACUUCCUGAGUGGCAAUGGAACUUGUUACUGGGGUGUGGGACUCACUAGAAUCCACUUGGCUGGGGAGAGGGCCUGAAGCGCAAGUCCAAGCGGGUGCAGAUGUCCCAAGGCAAAUUUGAAGCUACUGUUAGAAUCCAAAUGGAAAGUCCAAGGCUGCAAGUUUAUGCCCACUUACUUGGGGGUAAGCCCCACUGAAUUAAAUGGGACUUACUUAUGAGUAGACAUGGGUAUGAUUGCAGCACUCAAGUGGUAUAGGGGCUUAUUUUUAUAUGAGGUGAUUUGCUGCAGAAAUCAUGAGGAAAACACAUGUAUCUAUGAAAAACCUUAUUAUUGACACUGAGAGGAAAUAAAUUAAUUUUGUUACAAAUUAUAAUAUUCUUGUUAAUUGUUCUGUGCACCCCAAAUGUAAAUUCCACUAUGUUCAGUGGAAUGAGUGCCAGAUUUAGGGUGGUACAGGUGGGUCCCACACAGGGUGCCAAGCCAAGGGGGAGAAAAAUUGAGAAUAUCCAUAAUUGAGAAGAAUCAUUUGGGGGUACCAAAUUUUGGGGGUGGCCAUAUUACAAAGAUUACCAAAAUCCACCUCGGUGGAACUUACUUCUUCCAUUCAGAAGUAAGUUACACCAGGUAAGUGGGCACAGGAGAGCUGCUUGUUAGAAAACCAUUAUAAUUUAAAUAAAAGAAAGAAUACGGAAAAGGAAAUAGUACCAGCAGGUGAUAUUUUUCUUUCCCAUAUAGUGAUCAUUACUAAUGACUGCUGGUACUUAACUCUAUUCUAAAAGAUACUGAGAGUGUACAGCCUGAUCAUAUUUCAUACAAUCUACAGAAAACUGCAAGAAAGUAGCUUGGGUUUCAUCACUUCAUGGUGGUUGUUUUUAGAUUAGAGUAGUAGAAACAUUUGCUUGAUUAGUUUGGACAAAACUUGUCUUGCAUUAUACCAUUUCCUGGCCAAACACACAAUCACUGCAGCAUUUUCUUUUCUUUUCCCAUCAGUGAAUUUGUUCUGUUAUAUUUGUACCCUCUUUCACUAUAUAUGUCUUGCUAUUUUUUUCUUAUUUUUUUUUAACAAAAGCUAAAUCUGCUUAUCCCAUGGUCCUGAAAAUAAAAGUGCCUUUGAGGAUGUGCAUGCCACCCCAA